GGGGAAUAUAGGGACGAUCGGAUAGUGGUUAUUGUCGAAUUCGAGGGGAUCAUGAGGCCCGGCGCAGUCUGUGGUGUCUUGACGGACCAUGCGACAAAUAUGAAGAAAGCAUGGAAAGUGUUCAAGGACAACCGCCCAAAUCUGACCUGCAAUGGGUGGGGUGCGCACAUGAUGAAUAUCAUCAUGAAGGAUGUGCUUGCGUUGGAUCCUGUGAAAGAUGUUCUCAAUAGUGCUACUGUUGUCAAAGUAUAUUCGCAGUAG